AUGCUAUCUGGCGCGCCACCAUUUAGCCAGGAGGAAAGUCGUGAAGCUACCACACGCAAAAUACUCACAGCUCCUUUAAAAUUUCCACCAUCAUUCUCAUCAGAAGUUACCAGUCUCAUACGUGGCUUGUUGAAACGUGACCCAAAUGAAAGACUAGGAAGCAAAGAAGAUAUGGAGGAAAUUAAACGGCACAAAUUUUUCAAAAGACAUGAAAUAAAUUGGUCUGAUGUCUAUAACCGACGUUUGAAACCACCUUUUCGUCCUAAACUAACUGCUGAGAAUGAUGUGUCGAUGUUUGACCCAUCGUUUACCCGUUUACAACCAGUUGUUAGUCCUGUCGAUGGUGGUGCAUCCAUUCCUCCGGAUAUGUUCCAAGGCUUUUCGUAUGUGGCACCGAGUGUCUGUGAGGAUAGUUUACGAGAUAAUUGGACAGAUAACUUAUCAAGUCGUCAUCGAAGACACGGUUUACGUGGCGCUAUGUCUGCUGGACGUUUAAGACGUAUUGGUUUCGGUCAUUUGACUGCACCUAAUCGAAUUCCUGAAGAUAUUGUCGUACAUAAUAUUCCAUUACAGAUUCAACCGGAAUUGAAUGAUUUCCAUGAUUUUAGUGCAGACUAUCGACAAAAGCCUGUGAUGCAUCAAUCGUCUAAUCAUGUAUCAACUCAAGGGAUCGCAAACGAUAAACGUACUGCUCACUUACCUAAUCAUCAUUAUCAACAACAAUGCUAUUCAAACGAUACACAACAGCUGCACAAAAUUUCAGGAAAAUCAACUCAGAUAAUCACGUCCAAUGGUACUACAAAUAGUAAUAAUGCUGUAAAAAAAGAAAAAGAAGCGGAUGAGCAGGAAGACGAUGACGAUGACGAUGAUGAAAUAGCUGCAGAAGAAGAAGAUAAUGUUCCAGGAGCAAAACAAAUACAACCAACAAGUGCUCCAAAAUAUUUGCCACUUUGUAAAUAUGAAUCUAAAAGCAAUGAUAUAGUGACUAAUAUCAACACUAACAGUAUUUAUUCAACCACAAAACCAUCCAGUAAGAAUCCUACAAAAUAUGCACCCUUCAGUGGUUCACUUCAAUGUCAUCCAGAGUUGCAUGCAAAUACAAAAAUGAUCAAUUCACGUUUAAUGUAUAGUUGUCAAACUGGAUCAUUUCCACAUAAUAAAUCAGGACAUGCUACAACAUCACAUCUUCCCUCAAUACAAACUGGACCACGUAUCACUUCACCUUUACAACGUCGUGGUGUAAAUUGUUCAACAACGUUGCAUUCAGAUGUAUCUAAUACUAUUCCUAUUACUCCUACUACUGUAGCAACAAGUACAAAUACUUCAACAAAUGCUAAAUGUAGUAUUAUGUAAUAUUGUACAGUAUCUUGGUCAAUCAUAUAAUACUGUGAUUCUUAUGUAAAAUAUCAAAAUAGAUUCAUAUUCUUUAAAGCUCUCAUCUCAUCAAACUCACAUUAAUUCAUCAUCUGUUAACAAUGGACAUCUAUUUACUUUAAUGAAGGAUGAAUUCCACUCUCAAGCUCC